CUACGCCUGUUUCCUUUCACUGGCACUGCACAGAAGAGAUUGUGCAGUUUAGGCGAGCAAAUAAUGGACCAAAGGCCAACAUAGCUAUCCACUGUGCAAAUCUAGUUGCUGGCCUUCCCAGCUGGCUAACUAAUUACCAAGGCAUCACCAAGAUAAAUUAACUGAAGACGAUAAUACUAUUUUGUUGUCAAUAGUUCACCCCCUUCGCGCACACACACAUCAACACGGCAUUGAUGGUAAUGCAUACAAGGAAACAACCGAGACUCAGCGAUGGGUGUACCGACCGAAGGGAUUCACAACCCUAUCAGACACACAAAUCCCAGCCCAAGAGUCAAUCUACCACCCUUCACCGUCACGAUAAAAUGCGAGAUGGGUUGUCAGAUCCUACACCACCCUACAAAAUGCUCCGACACUCUGAUGAAAGUCCAGUCAAUAAGCACAGUGACGGACACAGCAAAACAAAAACAUUUCACACACUCCGAGGCCAAGAUGGUGGGACCAGCUGCUCUCCGCAAGAGAAUUCUCACAACCACAGCUCCAACUCGCACUCAAAUCAAAGCAAGGCAUCAGACACCCCUCACGAGCCUGCAGACGACUGGUCGGAGCACAUCAGCUCCUCGGGCAAGAAGUACUACUACAACUGCAGGACUGAGGUCUCUCAGUGGGAGAAGCCCAAAGACUGGCUGGAGAGAGAGCAAAGGCAAAAAGACCCGUCUAAGAGAGAGUCCAACACAUUCCCUAAAGACCGGGACUACAGACGAGAGUCUGUGGACACAGCCACCACAAAGAGUACUUCAGGGGACAAGUCGUCCUCCAACACUGCUCCUUCCCAGUCAUCUUCCUCCACCAAUCCGGGCCUGAACCAAGCCUCUGGCUCUAACCCCACCCCCUCCUCAUCCUCCUCCAUGGUCCCCGUGUCCCCCUCUGUCCAAUCUCAGGCCUCGGGCCUGCUCCAAGACCCCGCCCUCCUGCGGCAGCUCCUCCCAGCGCUGCAGGCCACCCUGCAGAUGAGCAAUGGCAGCAUGGACAUGGCCAAGAUCAAUGAGGUCCUCGCGGCUGCUGUUACCCAAGCUUCCCUGCAGUCUAUGCUUCAUAAACUCCUCACUGCUGGACCGUCUGCUUUCAACAUCACUGCUCUUCUUUCCCAAGCUGCUCAACACUCCAACCAAGCGGCCCUGCAGGCAAGUCAAUCGCCCAUAUCACUAACGUCAGACGCCUCCUCGCCCCGCUCAUACGUGUCGCCCAGGAAUGGCACGCCCCAGACCAACCUCCUUACCCAGAAACCCCUGCUCAGUAUGCCACCUGCCACCUCCCAACCAAAGGUUACCCCAGUGAAACCAGGACCAGUUUCUCAGCAGGCUUCAGCAGAGAAACGUCCAGAGGACCCCCGAACUCUCCUACAGCGGAGCAGUCAGGGGAGUCCGCCACCAGGACCUAACAGCAACUCCACCGGCGGCCACUCUGUUCCCAACGCUGCCUCAGGCCUCACCAGCGCUCCCGGCUCCUUCACUCCCUCGCUGGCCUCUCACUUUGACGAGAACCUUGUCAGGCACAUCCAGAACUGGCCCGCAGAGCACAUCGAGAAGCAGGCAGCACGGUUACGGGAGGAUGCCCACAACAUGGGCAGUCUCUACAUGUCUGAGAUCUGCACCGAACUCAAAAACCUCCGGUCUUUAGUCAGAGUGUGUGAGAUCCAGGCCACGCUGCGGGAACAGAGAAUACUGUUCCUGAGACAGCAGAGCAAAGAACUGGACAAGCUGAAGAACCAGAACUCUUACAUGGUCUGAGUACCUGUGUGGGAGAUGAAAGACGGUGAACCGCUUUAGGCUGCGGGCGAAGCCUGCAACGCGGUCCUCUAUGCCCCAUGUGCCCCAGUCUGAACACGUCCGUACCGUCAUGAACCAGAGGGCGUCUGAGGAUGCGGACAAGAGACUGGGCCUGUUGAAGACUUCAUGUCAUGGGUUACGCAAUGAAGCGUACCACUGCCCAAGCCCCUGAAAAAGUGUAGAUUUUGUCUAGGCAUCCAAGAUGUAAAUUGUUCUAUGAAACCACAGGCUAAAAUAAUACAGAAGCCGUGUUGAGCUUUUCAUGGACACCCAAACCAGUGGAUUCUGACAAACCUACAGGUCAUACCUUUUUUGUUACCUGAUAAACUUGGCUGGCGUCCUUUUGGAUUUGAGAAACUGUUGGACUGUGUUUGUUGCGGUUGAUAGCCAGUUUUGGUUGGGAAUGCAUCUUUUUCUCCUCAGACUUGUGGCUUAACUGAAGUUGAGAGGGAACUGAAGGGACUCCGAUUGACUUGCGAUGUAUGAAUCACCAACUGAUUCCAGGAAGACUCAAAUGCCAACACUUCAGCAUAGACUUGAAGUGGUGCGUCACAUUGCAGAUAGGAUAUCGAACAGCCCACAGGUUAACAGCAUAUUCUUAAAAGCCAACUUUGAUUCCUUCCAGACUCAUACAGUUGCUUCUAUUCAGUGAGGAAUCCUGAAUUUAGCAGUCCCAGUUCACUGAGUACUUUUUAAAAUGUGAGCCGACAAAGAUUCUUAGCUGCUUGACAUGAGAUGUCUGUGUCGGCCCACGCUCCCU